AUAGGACGCAAGUUAGGAUUUGGAUCUUUGGAUUUGGAUCGAUUUGGAUAUUUGGAUAAGAUUGGGAUCGCCAGCUGGGAGGCUGCUACAGGGGUUGUACAGGGUUGUGGCGCGGUCAUGAGUGCCUCGAUGAACAUUCUGCUGUACACUAUCCGCAAGAAGUUCUCUGGCGUGCAGCACGUGUCGACCGACACGGUGUACGGUUGGCUGGUGCCGCGGCCGCGCGCCGACCUCCUGCUGCUCGACACGCGCACGGCGGCCGAGUUCGGCGUGAGCCGACUGCCGGGCGCCGUCCACCUGGACCCGGACAGUGACGACGCCACGGUGCGGCGCACGCUGACGCGCCACCUGCCGCCGCCGGCCGCCGGCGCCGAGCGCACUACCAUCGCCUGUUACUGCUCCGUAGGGUACCGCUCCUCGGUGACGGCGCAGCGGCUGAACGCCCUGCGCGCCCAGCCGGCCGCCGCCGAGCCGCCGCUGCCCGGCUACGAGGCCGUCAACAUCGAGGGAUCCAUCUUCAAGUGGGCCAACGAGGGCAAGCCGCUGGAGGGGGCCGACGGACAGCCGACGCGCCUCGUGCACCCCUACGAUAAGAUUUUUGGCCGCCUGCUGGACAAGAGCCUGUGGAAGUUCCCGGAAAAACAGUAGAACAAUGCUAUGCGCUCUUCUUUUGCUGCAGUGUGUGUGUGCCGUGUGGGGUGACUACGCUAUCCAGAGUAUUCGCGGGGAGGUGGACGCCGGAAACUAUACCUAUUACAAGCUCCAGUGGGACGGACCAGUCACCAUCGUACUUGAGUCGCUGAGCGGCGACGCUGACCUGUACGUGUCCAAGACGCUACUGAAACCCACCUUCGACCCCGAGGAGUUUGACUUUAGCUCGACCACUUGUGGACGGGACUGGGUGGACAUUCCCAGGGCGUGUCCGCGGCCGCUCGGUGUCGCCGUGUACGGCCACCCUCGCCAGCCGUCCUCCAGCUACGAACUGCACCUAGUGUACCGCGACCCCGACUACCUGGACCAGUUCACCCUGCACCCGGAAAACGAUACGGAGGACGAGCUGCUCGGCACGCUGCGGAAACGCGCCGGCGCUCAGCGCGGCUCGGCAGAGGUUCACGAGGAUUCCCGCUGGGUCGAUUUGCUGUGGACUUUCUUCGAAGUAUUUUUGGAGGUGUUACUUUUGUAACGGCGUAUGAGUGUGGCCCUUGCCUGGGAGCGUAUAGCAUCGUAUAAUCAAGAUUUAGGGGGUUUAUAAUAUUAGUGGGCGCCUUUGUCAUUUAUCAGCACUAACACACGGUCUAAUCCAUUACCUGACACAAUUGAAGAUCCGGAGAGCGAUCACCCGCUAAUACCAGCCGCGUCAGAAUGUCGGACCAAGUCGGUGAUCCGCCCUCCGCGGCGGACUCUGAACAGCCGGCCUCUGGUCCCGUCUCUGCCCCUGGGACCGGGCAGACUGAGACGAAUGGAGCGGCUGGGACGGCCGAGACCGCCGCAGGUGCGGCGGAGGCAGAGGAGGGUACCGAGGGGGCGGCCAAGGGUGGUGAGACGGCAGAGGAGGCGGCGGCGGGUGCGGUGGCGGCGGCAAUCUCAGAGCGCGUCCAGGCCACGGUGACCAGCGGCGCGCUGCUGUCGUACGAGACUCAGAUGCUGCUCGAGCUGCUGGCAGAGGACGGCCUGCUGGUGUCGGCGCGCGGCCUGGGCCUGGAGCGGCUGGUGACGGCGCUGGUGCGCGUGCACUGCGACCCCGGCCAGCUGGUGCUGGUGAUGGGCACCGGUCGACCCGAGGAGGAGUACAUCGUGGAGCGGCUGGCGGCCGACGGAGUGAGCCCCCUGCCGCGCACCGUCACCGCCGACACCUCCGUCUCCGAGCGCCGCCAGGUGUACCUGCAGGGCGGCGUGCUGUUCGUCACGUCCAGGAUCCUGGUGGUGGACCUGCUGACAGAGCGGUGUCCGGCCGACCUCGUCACAGGACUGGUCGUGUACCGCGCGCACGCCGUCGUCGAGUCGGCCCAGGAGGCCUUCAUACUCCGGCUGUACCGGCAGAAAAACAAGACUGGAUUCAUCAAGGCGUUCUCGAGCUCUCCGCUGUCGUUCACGUCUGGCUUCUGUCAGGUUCAGCGAGUGAUGCGUAACCUGUUCGUCCGCAACCUGUACCUGUGGCCCCGCUUCCACAUGCAGGUCAACCAGACGCUCAAGGAAUGCGCUCCGGAGGUGGUGGAGAUCCGUCUGAAGAUGACGCCGCUGAUGAUGUCCAUCCAGACGGCGCUGCUGGACCUCAUCAACAUCAGCUGCAAGGAGUUCCGCCGGCUCAACCCCUCCCUGGACUGGGACUCGCUGACGGCCGAGACCGUGCUGUCGCGCUCGUUCCACAAGGUGACCCGGCACCGUCUGGACCCGGUCUGGAACCAGCUGAGCGCGCGCACUCGGCAGCUGGCCUCGGACCUGCGCACGCUGCGCUCGCUGCUGCUGGCGCUGCCGCAGCUGGACAGCUGCAGCUUCUACCAGCUGGUGGCUGCCCAGCAGACCGCCGAGCGGGCGCUCAACUCGGGCUGGGCCAUCCUGGACGCCGCCGAGACGGUGUUCGUGGACGCGCGCAGGAGGGUGUUUGGGGAUGUCCAGCCGCAGGCCAAGAGGGCAGUGCGCGCAGAGGGCAAGCGGCCGCAGCCGAAGGUGCUGACGCCCGAGGAGCCGCCGCGAUGGCCGGCGCUCUCCGAGGUCCUCUCUGAGAUCCGCGCCGAGGUGUCCGCCGCUGCCGCUGAUGAGUCCCAGGACUCGCUGCCCCUCUGGCCGGAUAAGGUGCUGAUCGUGGCCUCCGAUAUGGCCGCCUGUCGACGCAUCAGAGAGUUCCUGACGCUGGGCUCGGAGGCGGCGCUCUGGAGGCGGUUCCAGCUCACUCUGGCCUCGCGCUACGAUGAUGACGCCUUCAUUCCGAGCACCGCGGUCACCACGACACCGACUACCGCCCAGGAGAAGGCGCCGAACAAGGACGGAGGCCAGCAGACACUGACACAGAUGGGCAACGCCGACCCGAAAACGUCUGCCGGUGGCGGCACUGCCGACGAGGACGAGCUGCAGGUCUCGCUGCCCGACUCGCCGCUGCUGCUGCUCCUGCCGACAAAGGACGCCAACGACCCGUACCAGCUGCAGCGCAGCCUGCACCUGUACCGGCCCAGAUACGUCGUGCUGUACGAUCUGGAUGUGGCCGUCAUACGGACCAUCGAGGUGCACCAGGCGGCCACACCAGAGCGUCAGCUGCGCGUCUACACCCUCCUCUUCUCUGGCACCAGCGAGGAGCAGGCCUACCUCACCGCCCUGCGCACCGAGAAACAGGCCUUCGAGUACCUCAUCUCGGAGAAGGCCUCCAUGGUGGUUCCCGAGGAGCGCGAGGGACGCGACGACACGAACACCGACCUGGAGCGCGGCGCGGUGCAGCCGGAGCCGGCGGCGGCCAGCUCACGGCGCGGCGGCGUGGCGCCGCCGCCGCCGGCCGAGCCGCCGCGCGUCAUCGUCGAUAUGCGCGAGUUUCGCUCGGAGCUGCCGUCGCUGCUGCACCGGCGCGGCCUGGAGAUCGUGCCGGCCACCAUCGAGGUGGGUGACUACAUCGUCACGCCCGAGCUGUGCGUGGAGAGGAAGUCGGUGAGCGACCUGAUCGGCUCGCUGAUGUCGGGCCGGCUCUAUGGACAGGCGCUGGCCAUGAGCCGCCACUACCGGCGCCCGCUACUGCUCAUCGAGUUCGACCAGUCCAAGCCGUUCACGCUGCAGGGCAAAUACUACCUGUCUAGCGACAUGUCGUCGGCACAGGUGGUGAGCCGACUGCAGCUGCUGACGCUCCACUUCCCGCGGCUGAGGCUGAUGUGGUGUCCGUCUCCAUACGCAUCAGCCGAGCUGCUGCACCAGCUGAAGGAGGGCGCCGGAGAGCCCAGCCUGGCCGAGGCGCGCUCGGCCACUGCUGACCGGACAGACACGCUGGCGGAGGACAGGGUUAAUCCACAGGUACGCGACUUUGUCAGCAAGCUGCCCGGGGUGCGACAGAAGACGCUGUACGCCCUGCUGAACAAGAUCGACUCGCUGCUGGACCUGCUGGAAAUGUCCGAGGAGGCGCUGGCAGAGGUGCUCGGAUCGCCCACGGACGCCUCCCAGCUCCACCAGGCUCUGCACGGUAAGCUGUCGGCUCCGGCACCGGGCGACAUGAGCGCCGCCAAGCGGCCGGCGACGGCAACUACCGCCGGCCGCGGCCGAGCCGCACGGCCUCGCUUCUGGCGAGGCAAAAAGAAAAGCUGAGGCACAGGCGGUGGUUGAGGUGCGGCUCCUGAAUGUUCUUUAUUUUCAUUGGAUGUGAUUUGAUUAUCACAGUAUCUACAGGAGCUCAGGAGCCGAUGUGUUGGCUUUGCCUGUCGGCAGGAAUUCAGAGGAUGAAGCCAUAGGUCAGCUAGAUGUGAUGUGAAAACAAUGUGAUUUGUCGUGAUCAUGUUCCCGAUGUUUGUAAUGCAGGGUCGAUUAUUUUUCUAACCAGGCUCUGGCUCAUAUCACCCCGUCGCUGUGCGGUUCUGCCCCCGUGCCGGCAGUUUACCAUGCGGUGACGCCCGGGGGUGAAAUGUGGCCGCCGCCUACCGACGAUGACGUAUUGCGGUGGUGAUUUGUUCAACUAGUUUUGUUAGAUUUAUGGAAUACAUGCCUUUCAGAAAAA